GUGUGUCUAGGGUUCAGCCAGAGGCCUCUGUCCCUGCGUCCCAGCCUGGAGGAUUCCGGGAAAGUCUGUACCAGAGGAUCCAGAAUCCGUGCAGCAGCCUCUACCUGGAUCUCCUGCCUCUGAUUAGGGGACGGUUUCCGGGGAAAACCCAGGGAGGGCAGCCGAGCUGUCUGAUUCUGUGAGCCCUCCCAGUGUUGGGGGCCCCCAACUGGGUGGAGCAGCCACACCUGCUUGAAGUUCUGAGGAAGAGGGCGGAAACAGCCACCAGUGCCGCUCUUGCGAUAGGCUCCUUGGGCCCCUGCGGUCUGCUGGUGGCAGUGGGUCCCACACUCCCUCACUUCCCUAAAUGGGCAACUUCACUUUUAGAACCCAAGGUCCUUCCCUGGUAGACCCAGGUGGCACGUCCUGCGUCGGCCUGGGCCCUCACCUUGGAUCCCCCAGGUGCCCUGGCCCCUUGCUGGGCCUCUGACUGCCCAUCUGAUGGAGCAUGGCCCCCAUGUUCCUGCUGCUGCUGCUAUGGCUACAGGACUGCACCUCAGGUCUCCCCGCUGAGAGCGUGUACAACAAAGUGCAGCACCUGGAAGGGGAGACCCUGUCUGUGCAGUGCUCCUACAAGGGCCGCAAAAACCGCGUGGAGGGCAAGGUUUGGUGCAAGGUCAGGAAGAGGAGGUGUGAGCCUGGAUUUGCCCGGGUCUGGGUGAAGGGGCCGGGUUACCUGCUGCAAGACGACGUCCAGGCCAAGGUGGUCAACAUCACCAUGGGGGCCCUCAAGCGCCAGGACUCGGGCCGGUAUUGGUGCAUGCGCAACAGCUCCGGGAUCCUCUACCCCAUGAUGGGCAUCCAGCUGGAAGUGUCUCCAGGCACUGUUCUAGGUUCUGGGAAUACAGUGGUGAGCAGAACCAGCCACAGUCCUGCCCUAGGAGGGAGGCCAGCCCUCACGACUCAGAGGAGCUCUCCUCUCACACGUCUGGACAUCCUCAAGGGUCGGGUUCUCACGACGGGACCAGCACCCACCUCAGACCCUGACACCUCUUCCACUUCCAGCACAACCCUGUUUAUACCUAGACUCCUCACCUUGGCCAGACUCUUGCCCUCCACUGCCUCAGGGACCACCGGGCCAACCUCUGUGACCAGCUACAGCUUCAUCAGUACCAGAGCCAUCACCACGGGACCCACGAAGACCAGGGGACCCACAAAGACCACGGGACCCACGAAGACCACGGGACCCACAAAGACCAUGGGACCCCCACGGGUGACAGUAUCUCCCAGUGAUGCCAGAGCCUCUCCUGCCAUCCCUACAUCCAUCUCCACCACAUCCGGGUACCACAGCAGCCACUCGCCCACCACGGGAAUAUGCCACAACCAAUUACCCUCAUUCAGCGCAGCGAGCGAGCACACAGGGGAGCUGGUCUCCCCCCGCCCUCCCCCCCCGGACUCUGACCCCACCGUGCUGGUGGCCGUGCUGACCUUCCUCCCAGCGCCUGUGAUGAUGGUCAUGGUCUAUGGCUUUUGGAAGAAGAGACACAUGGGAAGUUACAGCCUGUGCAAUGAUUCUGCUGGAGCCUGGGCAGAGCCACCAAGAAGACUAGAGCCCCUGUGGAAGCCGGCUUAGUUUGAGACCACUUAAUGACGGGAUGGGAAUCUUCUCCCAGGGGGACACUAGGAGGCCAGAUGAGGAAUGGAGACCAGGGACUGUCCUGAGGGGAGGGGGACAGCUAAAGCUGCCCUCUUUCCACCCAGGGCCACUGGGUCCUCAGCGUCCUCUGUUCUCGUCAAAUUUCCCCAUCCAUGUGGGGACAAGAGUUGGGGCUCAUGAGUCCUGAGGCAGCUGAUGUUCCAACAGUCCCAUGCUGAAGAGGAGAAGGGACAGUGACUAAGGGAUGGGUCCACAAAGGGGUUGGUAUUAGCAGAUCCCAGAAUUGUCCAAAGCUUCCCAUUUGGCCAUGUGUCCUGUGAUGGGGCCUCUGCCUGCUGCAGCUGCUGGCCCCUGCCCCCCUAGAAGCCUGAAGAGCCCUCACCCUACCACUGCCACCUGCUGCUGGCCCCUCUUGGGAAGCCGAGAGCCCUUGGCUGAAGGCCAGCCUCUGCAGAAGCCGAACUCAGGACUCUCUCCCCAGGAUCCUGCACCUGGGCUUCAGGUCUGAGUUCCCAGAUGGUCCUGAGGACCCAGCAGCCUCCGUCCUCCAUCCUGGGGUGCUCGAAACCCCAGCUCUGCGGAGGGUUCUCACCCACCAGACACUGGUGGAGGGGCUGUGGUUUAGAGUAAGGGGUCACCUCCUCAUCCCCAAAGGGCUUCUGUCCACUGGGAAAAAAAAUGACUCACUUGUGACACAGUGAAGACAACUCAGAGCUACCUCGACCUGGAGAAGUGGCCCAGGAAGGCGCAGGUAGAAUGGGACCCAGGAAGCCUCAGGCCAGGGGUCCACGGCCUGCAGAGCCUGCCUUCCGCUCGUGGCUCCAAGUUGGCCUCCGAUGUCUAGACCCCUGUCCUGGAAUCUCGCAGUGAAGGAUGAGGGAUUCCAUCAGCCUGCAGUGACCGGAAUAGCACCAGGGAUAAGUGUGACAUCUGUACCCUUGGCCUUGGCUCAGGGACCUCCUGGUGAGAGCGCAAACCUCAUGUCAGGAGGGUGACAUAACUAGGGCCUUGGUAGGCAGCUGGAGGAGCACCACAGGAUGGCUGUAAGAAGAGGGGACAAUGCAGAGAGGGACACCUCUUCCAUUCAUCCAGCAGAGGGCAGAAGGAGGAUUCAGGUUGAGCAACUGACAGAACUGGUCCCAGGACGGACGGACAGACAGAUAGACAGACACACACACACACACACACACAAACACACACACACACACACACACGAUGACCUCAGUCUGGUCAGCAAGCAACCUGCUAAGAGCCACUGCCCUGGCGUGUGACUAGGAAGGGCUUAACUUAUCUGGGGAAAAUGGCUUCUGGAGACCCCACCACCACUGGUGACCCUUUGCCAGCAUCACUGACAGUCCUGAUGGCACCAGCUCCCAGAGAGAGAGGCCCGAUGGGAAGGGCACUGGAGAAGGAGUCAGGGAUGGGGACCAGUGAUGCCAUUGUCACUGUGUGACCCUGAGCAAGUCACUAACCCUAUCUGGGCCUCAUUUUCCUCUCUUAUGAAAGGGGACAAUAAUUCCUACCUCUCAAGAUUGUUUUCAAAAUACAACAAAAUGACACCAACACUGCAAA